AUGGCUAGCUCUGUGUCAACUGUUGCUGCUGCCAACAAAGUACUGUUGAGUUUGAACCACACUGUUGCUGGAACUUCAGUUCCAAGCACUGCCUUUUUUGGCAAAAUCUUGAAGAAGGUGAACGCGAAUGGCGCUUCCAGCCCCAAAGUUUCGAACAGGAGCUUCAGGAUUGUAGCUCAAGCACAAGAGAUAGAUGAGAAGAAACAAACGGAUCAAGACAGAUGGAAGGGCCUUGUGACGGACAUGUCUGAUGAUCAACAGGACAUCACCAGGGGAAAGGGUAUGGUAGACCCUCUUUUCCAAGCUCCUGUGGGUACUGGUACUCACCAUCCUGUCUUGUCAUCAUACGAAUACAUCAGCCAGGGUCUUCGUCAAUACAACCUGGACAACACGCUGGAUGGAUUCUAUAUUGCUCCGGCUUUCAUGGACAAGCUAGUUGUUCACAUCACAAAGAACUUCCUGACAUUGCCCAAUAUCAAGGUACCACUAAUUUUAGGUAUCUGGGGAGGGAAAGGUCAAGGGAAGUCAUUCCAAUGUGAGCUUGUCUUUCGAAAAAUGGGAAUCAACCCCAUCAUGAUGAGUGCUGGAGAAUUGGAAAGCGGAAAUGCAGGGGAGCCAGCAAAAUUGAUUAGGCAAAGAUACCGCGAGGCAGCAGAAAUCAUCAGAAAAGGAAACAUGUGUGUCCUGUUCAUCAACGAUCUCGAUGCAGGAGCUGGUAGAAUGGGUGGAACUACACAAUACACAGUUAACAACCAGAUGGUGAAUGCUACCCUCAUGAACAUUGCAGAUAACCCGACAAAUGUCCAGCUCCCCGGUAUGUACAACAAGCAAGAGAAUGCCAGAGUCCCUAUUAUAGUAACAGGUAACGAUUUCUCCACAUUGUAUGCCCCUCUUAUCCGUGAUGGUCGUAUGGAAAAGUUCUACUGGGCACCAACCAGAGAAGACAGAAUUGGUGUAUGCAAGGGAAUUUUCAGAACUGACAGCGUACCUGAUGAGCACGUUGUAAGGCUUGUCGAUGCCUUCCCUGGACAAUCUAUUGACUUCUUUGGUGCUCUGAGGGCAAGAGUAUACGACGAUAAAGUCAGAAAGUGGAUUGAAAAAACUGGAAUCGAACAAGUUGGGGAAAAACUAUUGAACUCUAUCGAAGGACCUCCAAAAUUUGAGCAACCAAAGAUGACAAUUGACAAGCUCCUCGAGUACGGAUACUUGCUUGUCCAAGAGCAAGAGAAUGUGAAGAGAGUUCAAUUGGCUGACAAGUACCUUAAAGAGGCAGCACUUGGAGAUGCAAAUGCUGAUGCCAUCAACACGGGGAACUUCUAAUGUUUACCAAAACAUAAAAAAGAGGUUUGAUCUUCGUUUCAACGAUAGGAUUUUACAAGUGAUGAAGGAACCUGUUUCUUCAAAGUUUUCGGAGAAACUUUUGUGAAAGUAGAAAUAGGACACAAAUUGUGUAAUCUAUUCAGUUCUGUUCAAUAUAAGAGAAUGCUGUGUGUCCCAAUGAUA